GUCACUCCCCUGUCUUUCUCUCUCCUCAUAAAUCAUUCUCUAACUUUCUCUUUCACUCACUCACUACCUUUCUCUCUCCUCUUUAGAACUCACUGUCUUUCUCUUUCCUCAAGAUUCAUUCUCUUUUACUCUCUUUACCACCUCUCCUUACCUCCAUAUUCUCUUUCCUCUUGAUUAUGCGUUUUUUUAAAUUUCUGUUUUGUUUUUGCUACAAGAUCUGUAGCAAUUAGAUUCAAAUUGGUAGAAUUUUUGGGUUUUAUAAUUAUAUUUUAAUCUGAUUUUUAUUUGAAUGAUUUUUUCUAGUUUAUUGUUGAAAACCAAGAGGAGGAAGUGAAAUAAGAGGCGAAAAAGAGGAAGAAGUCACUAACGGCAACAGAGAAAUCAAAGGUUAGAUCGUUGGAAACCACGGCUUACAAGGAUAUAUAGCAAUGGGGGAUUCGGAAUCAGCUUUUAUUGUAGCUCACAAGAAGGCUACCCUUACAAAGCUCAGCAAUGGCGUCGAACGUAUCUCCGUUUCUAUCGAUCUCUACAAUCAUGGAUCUUUGAGCUUUGCUGCUGUUGGUGUGGAUCCUUCUAUUAUGGGGUUUGGCCCAGCUUUUGCCAUUCCUGCUGCUGUGAAAUAUGUCGGGCUAAAGCUUAACGAUAUCAAUCUAUUUGAGAUAAAUGAGGCCUUUGCAUCUCAGUAUGUUUACUGUUGUAAAAAGCUGAACCUCGAUCCAGCGAAAGUAAAUGUUAAUGAGGGAGCAAUAGCCCUUGGAUAUCCCUUGGGAGCUACAGGUGCCCGGUGUGUAGCUACUUUACUUAAUGUGAUGAAACGCCGAGGAAGAAAUUGUCGUUUUGGAGUCAUUUCCAUGUGCAUAGGAAAACUAAGGUAAACACCAAAAGCUCACAACCAUGGCAGAAUCCAUUGUUGUAUCAGUUGUCCAGUGGAUUGGCUCUAUAUUGAUUCAAGAGGCCAAUAUAUUAUUCGAUGUUGCAGAUCAAGUAUGGGGCCUUCAGCAAGAGAUUGAACUGAUGCAGCAAUAGCUUUGGCCUAAGAAGAAUCAAUGAAGCAAAAGGUUUGGACAAAGAUCAUCAUUGAAAAGUUAAAUAGCUUUGGACUAAAAAGAAUUAAUGUAGCAGAAGGUUUUUAGUUUUAAUUAUUUAGGCAAUAAUAAAUGUUUUUUUUGCUCAUUGUAUAAAUAUGAAGUACUAUUUUUAUCUCAAUUAAUUAAUAAAAUAAUUGUGCUAUAAUUUUUA